UAAUCAUUUUUAAAAUUGGUCAAUGUAUAUAUAGAUCGUACAUUUCAUUCAAAACGCUUACGAGAUAGUGUAGUGUCAUAAUAAAAAAUGGACUAUAAUAAGAAUUUUAACUAUUAUAAGAAUUCAGACAAUUAUAAGAGAAUGUACCAGUAUGACAUGGGUGUAGAGAUGGAAAUCAGAACAGUGUUGUCAAUGUUUAAUGACUUGAAGCCAACAAUGGAAACAACAAAGCUUCCUAGUGGCGAGGAAAAGAUGUUUUAUAAUUUACAUGGAACGGUUCCAAUGCCUUAUAAUGGAAUGAUGUACAACUUACCUAUAAGUAUACGAAUACCUGACAAAUACCCCCAGGUACCCCCAGAAGUGUAUGUUGUACCUUCAUAUUGGAUGUACGUCCGGGAAAGCAAGGAUGUCGAUGAAAAUGGAAGGGUUCGUGUAUAUCUUCUGGAGAAUUGGCAUAAGUUUACGUCUAUGUCGCUUACAAGGCUGAUGAAUGAGCUGGUCAAAGUGUUUAGUCAGAAUCCACCUUUAGGUUCUUUAACACAACUUAGCACACUAGACGCUCGGACAGAGUAUAUCGCAAAAUUGCAACUCAAGGGUAAGUUUGAUGAUCCGAUCAGGACCAAACAAGAUGUUGUUACUGCCAUGGAGACUUAUUUAGAUUUAUAUGGAGCAUUCGAAGAACAUUCAUUACCAGACGGAAGAAAGAGAUUUAACUUGACGCUACAGGGUGCGGCUCCUGGAGUGCAGUUUCCUUUCCCGUUCUGUAUACAACUGAUGAAUGGAUACCCUAGUCAGCCACCUAUGGUGUUUGUUGUACCAACUACCUUCAUGAACAUUAAUCAUGAAAGAUGCGCUUAUGUGGAUAGAACUGGAAUAGUGAGCACGCCAUAUCUUGAAAGGUGGAAUACACAUAGGUGUGACCUACUUGGUUUAAUACAAGACAUAUACAUGAAGUUUAGAAGCGAUCCACCUCUGCUGUUAAACCAUGACCAUCAACAGAGAGGACCAGCUACAAUGAUAAAUGGGACGUCUGGUUUAGCAUCGAGAGAUGAUCUAUCAAUCGGCGGUUAUGUUCCGGGAAGGAAAGCCAAGAUACAUUCAGAACAAGUUGCUGGUAAACGUGCGUCGGAUAACCUAGAUGAUUAUACUCUUGCUUCAGCUGAAUACUUUGAUACUUAUUGUGAUCCUUGUCAUAAAGACAAUGUUAACGUUGAAGCCGGUGGAUAUUGUAAGGAUUGCAAUGUUCACCUUUGCGACGCAUGUAUUCGAUCUCAUCGCAGAAAUUAUUCCAAAAGAUAUCAUAACAUUUUACUUCAAGACAAAAUACCAAAACCGUAAGUGUCUUCUGACAAAUAGCUGUAAUCGGAGACCUCCCACUAGAUUAUAGUUAUGUAUGUGGGACUUAAAUGAACAAAAUGAAAUGAGUCGUGCCAGGUUAGGGGCAUCAUAUAUGAUUUAACUGUUGACUAAUUAGUUAUGUGAUAAUUAUGUUUAAACACUUUAUUGUGUAAAGAGUUUAAAUAGCACUUUUUUGUUCAUGGACAAUACCAUGUUAAGGUGAUUGUAAACCGUAUAGUCUCAAAAAUGUUUUUUUGUGUUUUUUGUUGUUGUUUUUUUGUUGUUGUUGUUUUUGUUUUUUUUGUUAUGAAAUAAUUAAGUAAGUUAUGUACAUUUUAUGUCUUAUCAUUUAAGGACUGCAUAAGUUUUUCACUCUCUAGACAAUAAGAUAAUGCAUAUACAUUACAUAUGAUAAUAUCAAUAAUUUAAACAUGUUUUUGUUGAAUAAAUAUUGAUGUUAUUAAAAUUU